AUGUCGCGACGCACUUCCACCAUUCCCGACUACGAGCGCAGCCGCCAGGGAAGCACAUGUUCUGUGCGCAGCUGCGGCGGCAUGAGCCCCGAUGCGACGCGGGAGCUGUGGAAGACGAUGCUGGAGCUCCAGGAGCGGUACGGAUGCUAUACCUCGGCCAGGAUGGACUUGGCUGUCGGGGCGGGCGACAUGGCCCUGUCUCUUAUGCCGAACCCGUUUAUUCUGGAUACUCUAAACGAUUCUGUCGUCGACUUGCCCGAUGAGGGGUGGGAGAUGCUCAAUCGCUGCCUUCAACAGCCCAGGCUUUGA